CCUUUAGCUACCCGAAAAGGGGUGAUGAAGUGCAGGGGGAGGUGCUGUCCAGAUUUCUGUUUUGAACAUUCUACAUGGACUGCUGUUAGUAUUUUGAGCAUAUCUUUUUGUACAAAAUUGCUGUAGGGGUGAUUCGAAUUUCUAUGAGACCCUCGGACAUAUAUCUACAACUUUCAUUGAGGACACAAAGUCCAGUUUUUCCAUUUACCCCUUCGAAACUGAGCAACAAUACAAGACGGUAGCGCUGUCCAGAAUUUCUGUUUUGAUAGUUUGGGCUGAUUUUCGUUGAUUUCGUGUUUAGUUGUGAUGUGCUGGGACUUUUGAACUUAAGUAGAUAUUUAUUUGUGUAUUUAAGGUAUAUAUGCUCUUGUACAAGCUAAGAGGAAUUAUUUGACGAAGUGGACUUUGAUUGGUCUAUGGCGUAGAUGAUUUGAACUCCUCGAGUUGUGGUAGAACUUGUUGUGUGGUAAAACGCCAAGGAAUCAAGUCGUGGCAUCUUCUACUUCUAAUAGACUUAUGGAAGCCGCUCGUGAGAGUUUAAAUAACUCCAAUGCCCAACCUGACCUACAAGAAGGGGUUGGAGAACAUUUUGCUGAUUCUAAUCCUCCUAGUGCAAGUGGAUCUGAAGCGGGAAAUAAUCAGGGUACAAGAGUUGGGCCACACCCUCAGAUGAGUCAUAGUGCUCCUGCUGUUGAUCCCCCUUUUCAACAAAUGGCUGAUUUCUUUCGUCACAUGGCUAGAAGAAUGCCUGCCUCUGAUGAAAUGAACUUUGAGAAAAUGAGAAAAAUGGGUGGAGUUGAGUUUGAAGGCACUGUUGACCCUACAGAUGCUGAGCAGUGGUUGGAACGGAUUGAAAAAGUUUUUGAGCAAUUAGAGUGUUCAGACGCUGCCAAAUUUAAGUAUGCUGUCUCAUUGUUACAAAAAGAUGCCUAUGAUUGGUGGGUAAGUGUACCGAAUGCCAGGGCAAAACCUCCUGUUCUUACUUGGAAUGAUUUUGUGAAAGAAUUUCAUAUGAAAUAUGUCCCACCUACUUAUCAUGAUGCAAAGAAAAAAGAGUUCUUGAAUUUAGAGCAAGGGAGUAUGUCUAUUGCUGAAUAUCAGCAGAAGUUUCUCAGGCUAUCUCGUUAUGCUGGUGGUAUUAUUAAUAACGAAAAAGAUAAGUGCAGGCGAUUCGAAGACGGUUUGAAUAAUUCCAUCAGAAAAUCUGUGGCGGUCCUACAACAUGAAAGCUUUUAUAAAUUAGUUUCAGCUGCUCUUACUUGGGAAAGGAUCGACAAGGAACAAACUAGUAGAAAUGAGCACAAGUUCAGGAAAGCUGAUGCAGAUUCAGGAGGUCCAUCAAAAAAGGGAAGGUUUGACAGUUCCAAAGCUAAUACUGUUCGAAAGUUAGCCCAACAUAAGCAAAAUAGAUCAAGUUCCUCUACUGCCAGCACUCCAAGCUAUGGCCAAGGAGAGCUUCUGGUGCUUGUUUUAAUUGUGGGAGCUUCGAUCAUAAAGUGA